CAUGUGUUACUUCCAGAGACUGGGAGAUGAUCACCAUCCAUGACGUCACCUUCUGAUGAUGUGCAAGUUCCCCACGAUCUGGAUAGGAACCCUCUUUCUCCUGCUCCUCCUCCCUGAGACGGCAGCCAACUACUUCAUCGAUGUCGACAGCUACAUCAAGUACAAUGCCAGUAGUUUCCAGCUUCUGGGGGCUGAGGAUCGUCUGACCUUCAGCUUCACUUUCUGCAACAGCCGUGGUCUUCUGCUCUACCAAGCAGGGGCAGAUAACUUCUUCUCGCUUGGUGUAUAUAGUGGCAAUAUCUACCUAGAGUGGAAGACACUCAACAGAGUCAUAGAGCUGACAAUAGGUGACGGCAGUCUCAUGCCCAACACAAGCUACACAGUAGACAUCACAGGACUACGUAGCCGCAGCUUCACCCGAGCUACCAUCAAUGGCCGUGUGAUGUCGGUCACUUACCUGGUGGAGCUGGACCAACAGCUGGAUCUCUCCUCCCUAGCUGGAGAGCUCUACAUCGGGGGAUAUAACUCCCUCAAUGACCUCAAACUGGACACCUCCCGUCUGUCAGCGUAUCUGGUCACGUGUCUGGAGUAUGUUGAGACGGCAACACGCAGACUCAAUCUGACUGGGGACUACAUGCAUCAUGUACAGACCAGCUGUCCAUCUGACCUGUGUUCAAAGUCCCCAAUCAUCACCAUGACAACCAGCCAGGCAUUCGCCCUCAUGGACAUCCAGCUGACACCUCGCACGAACACGAUCAUCCAACUCGAAUUCCGCACAAAGGCUCAGCAAGGGCUUAUCUUCUACCUUGGUGGUCCGGCCUAUCUGGUGCUGUACUUGGAACAAAGUGGUCAGCUCACACUCGGACUUAACACGAAGGGCACUGGUCCAGGAGUGUUUGCCACAACUACCGGGAGUGUAUUGUACAACACAGGGGAGUGGAUGUUGGUGCAGGUGCGUCGUCAGGGCAACACCGCAGUGCUGCUGGAUGGAACAGGGAUCCAACUGGCGGAAGCUCAGUAUGCUUCCAGUGGAACUGGUGUGGCGCAAACUCUCAAUGCAGCAGAAUUGUUUAUUGGUGGAGUUGUCUCCCCUUCACUGAUAUCGUCACUGCCGCAAUCAGCCCAGGUAUCUCUACGUGGAUGUUUUGAUGAACUUCGGUUUGCUGCCUUCAGCAUUGCGUCAGAACCUGCCAAGCUCAUCAACUUUGGACAUUCUAAAUCAGAGAGGGAUGUAAAACAUGGUGGCUGUUUCUCAUCAGACGUCUGUCAGCCAUCUUGUCCAGAGCCCUCCCAGCAGUGUAACAUGUCCUGUGAGUGUGCACCAGGGUUUACCACAGCAACAGCAUCACCGCUGCAGUGCAGGAACAUCGACGACUGUGACCCAUCACCAUGUCUUCACGGUGCCACCUGUUUGGACAAGAUUCUGGACUAUGAGUGCAUCUGCACCCAGGCAUAUAACAAGGGCAAGAACUGUUCCGUCCGAAACUUCUGUCUGCCCAACCCAUGUGUCAACCAGGCCAUAUGCUCCGACUCACUCACUGGGUACAGCUGCACCUGUCCUCCGGGAUAUACCGGGGACACAUGCGACCAGGAUAUCGAUGAGUGUCUGGCAUCUCCCUGUCAACACUCCUCCACAUGCAUCAACAACAUCGCCAACUACACUUGCCUCUGUGCAGCAGGGUACACCGGGAGGAACUGUCAGACUGACAUUGACGACUGCGUGACAACUCCCUGUGAAAACAAUGCUACCUGCACUGACCUCGUAAAUAGCUACACAUGUACCUGCACACCAGGCUGGACAGGGUCGAACUGCCAGAGCAACAUAGAUGACUGUAAAUCUGGCUCCUGUCAAAAUGGUGGCACAUGCUUGGACGAAGUCAACGCCUUCCGCUGCCAAUGUCCAAGCGGGUACACCGGAUCUGUGUGUGAGAGUGAGAUCAACGAAUGUCAGUACGGGUUCUGCCAAAAUGGCGCCACCUGCACGGAUGCUUUCAACGACUACACCUGCACAUGCUCAGGUGGAUGGACAGGGAAGAACUGUAGUACGGACAUCGACGAAUGUGCAACAUCACCGUGUGCUAAUGGUGCAACGUGCAUCAACCUCGUCAACCAGUAUCGGUGUGCUUGUGCAGCAGGUUGUGAGAACGUACACAGGUCUUACCUUGCGCGGAGGAUAUUGACGAGUGUGAGAGGGGCACCGUGUGUGAACGGUGGUACCUGUGUAGAUGCUGUCAAUGACUAUACCUGUACAUGCCCCCCUGCCUGGACAGGUAACAGGUGUGAUGUGGAGGUUAACGAGUGUGAUUCCACACCUUGUCGGAACAAUGCUACCUGUGUGGAUCAGAUUGGAUUUUACCGAUGUACCUGUGUUGCUGGAUAUACAGGAUCUGACUGCGAGGCCGACAUAGACGACUGUCAGGUGGCGCCAUGUCAGAAUGGUGGCACUUGUCAAGAUGGCGUCAACAGCUUCACCUGUGUCUGUGCUCGAGGCUUCACAGGUGGGACAUGUUCAGUGGACAUCGACGACUGUCUGCCUGGCCUGUGUUUGUUUGGGUCUACCUGCGUGGACAUGGUCAACGGCUACACCUGUAUGUGUGCGGCUGGAUACAGAAGAUCAUGUGACCGCGAUAUUGAUGAAUGUGCGUCUGGACCCUGCCGCAAUGGAGCCACGUGUGUGGAUGGACGAGCUUCAUACACCUGCCAAUGUCCUUUGGGCUUUACAGGGCGCCAGUGUGAGGUGGACAUCGAUGAUUGUCGUGGGCCAGUGCCGCAUCUGUGCGUGAACGGCGCCACCUGUGACGACCGCGUCAACAACUACACCUGCAUCUGUAGGACUGGCUGGGAGGGGCGCUACUGUCAGCAGGGCAUCACCUGCAGCGAUGAUGUUGAUGAGUGCAGGGGAGAUAACUCACCAUGCCUCAAUAUGGGCAGGUGCAACAACACCUAUGGCUCUUACACCUGUGACUGUGGGCAAGGUUACUCUGGAAGCCAUUGUGAAUCCGAUAUUGACGAAUGUCAAGGUCAUCCAUGCCACUUCAACGGGACAUGUGUGAACCUGAUUGGUGGAUAUCGAUGCGACUGUGUGGAGGGUUUCAUGGGGAAGAACUGUGAGGCUGUCAUACGACAGUGUCAGUUCGACAAUCCGUGUAGGGACACUGCUGUGGAUAUACAUGUUUUUUGUAAACCUGGUUACCAUGGCAACAGGUGUGAACUUGAGAUCAACGAGUGCUCCUCGAAUCCUUGUCGUAAUGGCGGCAGUUGCCAUGACGGCAUCAACUUCUAUAACUGUUCGUGUGUGGAAGGUUACGAAGGGAAGAACUGUGAGGUGGACAUCAAUGAAUGUGCAAGUCAGCCUUGUUUGAAUAAAGGCGUGUGUUAUGAGCCUGACAUCAACACCUUCGGCUGUAAGUGUCGGCCUGGCUUCACCGGCAUCACUUGUGAUGUCGACAUCAACGACUGCGUCUCCAACCCGUGCCAACACUACCAGGUGUGUGUGGACCGAGUUAACCACUACAGCUGCGAGUGCCCCCCUGGGAUGACAGGAGAUGUGUGUAAUGUCCAUAUUGAUGAUUGCCACAGUAGCCCCUGUAACAACCAUGGCACCUGUGUGGACAUCGGCAACACGUACAUCUGCCAGUGUCCGUACCCAUACACUGGCAGGAACUGUGACACUGAUGUAGACCCCUGCUUCCCUAACCCCUGUCUCCAUGGUGGCACAUGUUUCCGUGACAACAGCGUUGCCGAGGGAUACAGAUGUACCUGCACUGGUGGUUUCAUUGGCAAUCGUUGCCAGGGUGAUGUGUACGACUGUCGGUCCAACCCCUGUCAGAACGGUGGUACGUGUGUUGAGAACACUGAUGGACAUGCAGGCUUCAAAUGUCGGUGUUCGAAAGAGUUUGCAGGGACGUACUGUGAGCUUCAGUCAGACGACUGCAUGUCUUCGCCAUGUCAGAAUGGAGGAACUUGCACACCAAAACAAAAUGGCUACACAUGUCAGUGCCCUUUAACAUACACGGGUAAGGACUGUCGUCAAGACGUCAACGAAUGCGACCAAUCAGCAGUUCUGUGUCAGAACGGUGGGCACUGCUUCAAUCGGAUUGGUGGAUACAGCUGUGUGUGCAGCCCUUAUUGGACAGGCCCCAACUGCCAGGUGGACAUCAAGGAGUGUCAGCUGAGUCCAUGUCGGAACAAUGCCACCUGUAUGGAGGUGGUGGGUGGGAGCCCCCGGUGUGUGUGUCCUCCUGGUUUGACCGGAGCUACAUGUGAAUCAAGGGACUACGGGUGUGAGAUCUCACCGUGUCGGUCUGGGGAACCUGCGUGCAGCAGGGGGAUGCCUACAUCUGUCAGUGUUACCCUGGAUACACAGGUGAGUCCUCCUCCUCAUCCAGCAUGGUCUUAUCGUCGUCCACAUCACUUAAUGUGUGCCAACUGCGAGACCAACAUAGAUGAGUGCAGUUUACUCCCCUGUAAGAAUGGGGGCACAUGCACCGAUGCUAGUAAUGACUUCAGCUGUCGGUGUGCUCCCAACUUCACUGGGCUGACCUGUACGGAACUCAUCAGCCCCUGUGAUCCUAACCCCUGCCAGCAUGGGGGCACCUGUCAGGAGGGUGUGCCGGGGGUUUUCCAGUGUGCAUGUCCCCAGGGCUACACAGGUACUCAUUGUGAGACGGACAUUGACGAGUGUGAGUUGGCCAGACCCUGCCAGAACAAUGCUACCUGUGUCAACCUCGUCAACAGCUUCAGGUGUGAAUGUAUGCCAGGAUAUGCAGGUCUGGCCUGUAGUGUGGACAUCAAUGAGUGUGCUGCCUCACCCUGUGGUAUGGGGAGCACCUGUGUGGACCUCGUUAACAAAUACAGGUGUGACUGUCGCACAGGUAUGACAGGUGUGAACUGUACAACAGACAUCAAAGAAUGCGAGUCCAGCCCUUGUCUUCACGGUGGUCAGUGUUCGGAGCCUCAGAUUGGCCAGUUCUUGUGUGUAUGUCCGAGCGGGGUGUCGGGGGCCACCUGUGAGAUGGUCAAUACUGCCAGCUUUGAUGGCCUGAGCUACGUCCAACUACAGCCAGACUUCGCGGUGACUGGAAAGCGUCGGCGCCGGAGGGAAACGUCCAGCAUGAUAGGGAUGAGGUUUACCUUUACGACAUCUGUGCCCACUGGCCUCAUCAUUGUCGUGAUGGGGGUGGACAAGGAAGGGCGACCCCAGCACUUCAGCCUAGAACUGUACCAAGCUGCAUUCUGGGUAACUGAGAAUCGUGGCCUGGAGACGUCACAGAAGAGCAUCCCAUUGGGCCAGGCAAUCAGCGGCAUCUACAGUCACACUGUCGACAUCAUCAUCCUGGACAGCUUUACCAGCGUCACCUUGGACCCAAACAACUGCAACAACUUGCCAACCUGCUAUGUGUCCUUCACCUACAACCAGAGCAUGGCCUUCACCUUUGAGCGUCAGAUGUACCUGGGAGGGAUACCAAGCGUAACUCCAUACAUUCGUAGCAAGCUGAAGACAGUACAGGGAUUUGCUGGUUGUCUUGGGCAAGACCAUGAGCCUGCUGCCCCCCUGAUGGGAACUCCUCCUCCUCCGCCUCCCCUCCCCACCAUCUCCAGCCAGUUCAUGAAGCGCCCCACCCCAGGAUGCUCCGCCCACGAGCCAUGCAGCACUAACCUGUGUCGAAACGGUGGGACCUGUGUUGAUCUGUGGACCAGGAAGUACUGUCAGUGCCAACCUGGAUUUGCUGGAGAAACCUGUGAGUUCCAGAACAUGGCCCACUUCUCCGCUGCUUCCAUGCUGCACUACAGUGGUCUGGUGGAGAUUAGGGAGCUGUCGUUCUGGCUCAGUGCCCCCAACUCUUCAGGAAUGCUGCUCUACACGGUGACCAAUGAUGCCUUGGCCUUGAUGAUUGACCGUGGACAGAUCCGGCUGCACAUUGUGUCGGGGAACACAGACACUGUCAGCCGAGUGGGACAGAAUGUUACCAAUGGUGACUGGUACAAAGUCAGCCUUGUGCUCACCGGAGGGAGGUACAGGAUUCAAGUGUCAACGCCAGACACAGGAGUGUUUGGGUCAGGAAGUGGGACGGUCAGCAGCUACAUCCUCGUGUCCAUGCCACUGUUCAUCGGGAAGCUUCACGACCACCCUGCCAUCGACAAGUGGAGACUUCGACCCAGCAAACUACCCACCUUUGAGGGGUUUGAAGGCUGCCUGCGAGAUCUGACCAUCAACUACAACCCCAUUGACCUCAAGUCCAAUGUAGCUUCCAUAUUUGGCAACGAUCCCCCUUCCCCUACCCCAGGGUGUAGGCGGGAGGAGACAUGUAGCCCCUCCCCCUGUCAAAAUGAGGGCGUGUGUGUUUCUGGCUGGGAGGGGCCCACUUGUCAGUGUCCGUCUAACUACCACGGACAGAACUGUACAGAUGUGUCCUCAUCGACCUUCAGCGGCAACAGCAGCUACAUCCAUGUCACCAUCAACAGGUCCAUGUUUCCAUUUGGAGACACAGGCAGCUUCGAUUUCAGGACCAGGCAGGCUACCUCCACGCUCGUCUACCAUGAGCUGUUCUACAGCAAUGGGUUGCUUAGCAACCUCAUAGAGUACCGGACUUACAGGGAGAAACUCCAGAUCAGCAUCACAGGAACAAGCAGGUUUUUGGAACCUGUGACUUUUGCUAAAACUGUUGCUGAUGGCAACUGGCAUACUGUGUAUUGGCGCAGACGAAACAACCAGCUGAGGAUUACCAUGGAUACGGAGACAAGGACGAUACAGACCAGCUUUAACCCGUAUGACAACAGACUUAACACCACCAUCAUGGUGUACCUGGGUGCCAAGCCCUUCAGACCAGGUGAUCCCAGUUAUAUGAUUGGCUACUUCAAGGGUUGUUUACGUAACGUGACCUUCAACAACCAGUACCUGAACUACCUGCCUAGCCACGCCCCUCAGUCAGGAGUGGAUGCCAGGAAUCACAGCGUACGAGUUGGUUGCCAUGGUGACGACGUCUGCCACAUCAGCCCCUGUUCUGCCAACUCCUACUGUAAAGAUAAGUGGAACGAUCACUCGUGCCUGUGUAUGGAAGGCUGGGAGGGAGACAACUGCCUUCAGAGUACAGAUGAUUGUCAAGGUCAGAUGUGUCUGAACGGUGCCACGUGCGUCGAUGGUCACAAACAGUUCACAUGUUCAUGCACCCCUGGAUUUACUGGGCGGUUCUGUGAGUCGAGCUACCACCCCUGUAACUCCAACCCCUGCUCCCCGACCAACACAGAACAAUGCUUGUCUACCACGCUCAUCGACUACGAGUGCAAGUGCAAGCCGGGAUGGUCGGGCAGGAACUGUACAGAGAAUGUAAAUGAAUGUGAAGGCAAUCCUUGUCAGAACCAGGCUACAUGCUUAGAUCUUAUCAAUAGUUACAAAUGUGAAUGUCUGGAUGAUUACUUUGGUGACAAUUGUGAGUACAAAUACGUGUGCUCAUCCAAGCAGUGUUUCAACGGAGGCCGAUGUGUUUCCAGCGAUGACAACGCAAACUACUCCUGCUUGUGCGACAAGAGAUACAUCGGCCGCAACUGUGAGACAUUCAACUACUGCUACAGCCACCAAUGUAGCCCCAACUCCACCUGUGUCCAGAGCAACACCGCCUACGCCUGUAACUGCAGCACAGGCUUCUAUGGUGCUUAUUGUCAGUUCCGGGAUUAUUGUGAAAGUCAGCCUUGUACGAAUGGUGGCGAAUGUCGUAACGACAAAGAUGGUUUCCGAUGUCAGUGUUCGUUUUUCUACACUGGGAACCAAUGUGAGACUGCUGUAAAUCAGUGUAAGUUUAACCCUUGUUAUAAUGGUGCUACGUGUUUCUUCAACGAAAGUUCUCCCGACCAGAAAUACACCUGUCUGUGUCAUAAUGGGCACACUGGACAACACUGUGAGACAGACAUUGAUGAAUGUGCGGAGAACCCGUGUCAGAACGGUGGAACAUGUCAACAGAGCUCUACUGAUACUUCCAAGCCAUUUUACCCAGGGUUCAAGUGCACAUGCAAAUCAGGAUUUACUGGACUUCGUUGUGAAAAUGACACCAACGAGUGCGACAGCCAACCUUGUAGACAUGGCGGAGUAUGUGAGGACUACAUCGACGGAUAUCGCUGCGUCUGCUCCAAGGGCUUCCUAGGUAUCAACUGUGAAUAUGACUAUCGAGGGUGCAGCUCAUCUCCAUGCCAAAACAAUGGUCGAUGUGCUGAAAACGAGGACAAAUCGUACAAGUGUGAAUGUCCGCCUGGCUUCAGUGGAACGUACUGUGAAAAUGAUAUAAAUGACUGUGAGUCCCACGUUUGUCAGAACGGCGCCAGGUGUGUUGACCUUGUCACUCAAUAUAAAUGUGAAUGUCUUCCAGGAUAUACAGGCACCUUCUGCGAAAAUAUUACCGAUUCGUGUUUCAGUCAGCCAUGUUUUAAUGCAGGGAAAUGCACCUAUCAGGGUUUGUGUAGCUGCUCGGACGUCAUCUCGCGCUGCGGCUGGCACAAUGAGACCUGUCAGGCUCAGUCCUGCUUCAACAGACCAGGAUGUUCGGCACACUCCGAGUCCUAUCUCUGUGACUGUCGGGGGACUGGCUUCAAGGGGCAGCAGUGUACCGAGGAUGAGGACGAGUGCGCCAUAGUGGGUUGGUGUCAAAAUGGUGGAGUGUGUGACAACACUGUUGGAAGCUUCAAGUGUGACUGUACAGGAUUCACGGGCAACAGGUGUCAGAUUGACAUUGAUGAAUGUAACAGAACCAACCCAUGCUAUAAUGGAGGUAUCUGCGUGAACUUGCCCGGCUCGUUCCGCUGUACCUGCCCUGAGGGAUGGACUGGUCCAACAUGUGGACAGAACAUUGAUGAUUGUGAAACAAAACCAUGUCAGAACGGGGGACAGUGUAUAGACCUCAUGAACAAUUACGUCUGCAUCUGCAGUGGCACAGGUUUCCAUGGUGACAGGUGCCAAAACAACACAGAUGACUGUGGCGGCCAUGUUUGUCAAAAUGGCGGUCGGUGCAUUGAUGGAAUUAAAUCAUACACAUGUGAUUGUGCUGGAACUGGGUAUACUGGCGCCCUCUGUCAAACCAAGGAGAAACCGUGCAAGAGUGGUCCUUGUAUGAAUAACGGAACCUGCAUCGAUGUGGCAGAAACAUUCACCUGUGACUGUGUAGGCACUGGGUACAGCGGGACUAUUUGCCAGGUGGAUGUAGAUGAGUGUGUGAUGGGGUCACACAGGUGUAGUGAAGGGUCCAGCUGCCUCAAUGUCCGUGGUGACUACAACUGCACAUGUGCAGCUGGGAGAGGUGGUCGUUACUGUGAAACAGCUGUUGCACUUCCGGUGGUUGGUGGAGUUACUGGUGGCAACGAGGGAGUUGUUGCAGCGUGUGUGGUGAUACUGCUGUUACUGGUGGUUGCAGCUUUGCUGUACGCAGCGUGGUAUACAAAGCGCAGUCGCAAACUUCAGGGGAGAUAUAAGCCAGCCCAGGUCGAACAGAGGUCAAGUGCAGAGAUUCCUAUGGAGAAAAUGAUUGACCCAACGAAUGGCGAGAGACUCAUAUGAUUAAAGAGAGGCGGGAGAUACAUUUGAAGCCAAUGGGGAGAUCAUCGUGAGAGACAUUAGAGACUUGAAGGAGAUAUUGAGAAAAAUACAUGUAGCAUGGAGAAGCCUUGUGUCACACAUAGAGAGAGUCUUCUGUCACACAUGGAGAAGUCUUCUGUCACACAUGGAGAAGUCUUCAGCCACACAUGGAGAAGUCUUCUGCCACACAUGGAGAAGUCUUCUGUCACACAUGGAGAAGUCUUCUGUCACACAUGGAGAGAGUCUUCUAUUGACAUUGU